CAUCUUUCCCAAGGCCAAUUUGCUGCAGAAACGGGGGUCGUGCCUUUAGGUCGCCACAACAAGUUACGGUGCUGCGGUUGUCUUUUGAGUAGGUAAUUCAUCGUCAACAUGCCCAGCGCUGCUCGCACCAAUCUGACGUCCAACGAUGUUCGGAUAUCCAACGAUGUUCGGAUAUCGAACUGUGAAUUGGGAGAAGGCACCUUUCGCGUUUGCCUAGAAGGCACUUUUAUAGGCGGCAAUCGGAACCAACAGGAAGCCGCCUGCAAGCGUUUCAAGUCCGAGUUUCGUGAAUUGGAAGAUGAAUUCUUUGCCAUGGACUUUCAAAUUGUAGACAAGACGAUUGAAUUCGCCGAGAGUUGGAACGAUCUGUGUCCCGUUGGCAAGGAGAUAAUGGUCAACAAGGGAACCAUUCAUUCCUCGUGCAGUGGCCUUCGAUAUUUGGUAGAACCACUGAUUCGUCGUUACACCAAGUUCACCUCCAACUCGGGAUGGAUUGAUGAUUCCGAUGAAGCGAAAGUACGGGCCAUGGAGGCGUUCUCUCAUUUUACUUAUGACAAGUCGGGAGGACAAAUGAUUGUCUGCGAUUUGCAAGGCCGUUAUCGACCCAAACGGAAUUCCAAGACCAAGUCUCGCUUUGAACUGAGCGAUCCUGCUAUUUGUUCCAGACUAUGCAACUACGGACCCACCGAUCUGGGAGAGAAAGGCAUUGACUCCUUCUUUAGCAACCAUGCGUGCAAUGAGUUUUGCAAAGACUACUGGGAGCGACCAAAGGGGGCCCAACGAUGGUUCCCAGCAACACAUGGGACAUCCAUGAUGGCAUCCCACAUGUCCCACAAACUCAAACUCAACCAUCGAGCCACCUUUCGUACCAACUUGCAGGGGAUUAUGGAAGACAAUUGUGGCGACUCGGAUGGUUCCGAUGAGGAUUCCGAUGAGGAUUCGUGGUAUUAAGAAGCUACACACACGUGGAUUUCAGCGGUACGUUCCUAAGAAGGAAUAAAAGAAUCAAUGGUUUGGUUCUUCACCAUUCUAAAAACCAAAAGGUUCCCUUCAACCACUCGGUAACAUGGACUAUCCAUGGCUGGCUGGCCAGUGCGUUUACUACUUGUAGAAAGACAUCUUCUUAUAGAGAUGUUUGUUGAGUUGUGUCAUGCUGAGAUGAAAAAGACUUUCAAUAGCACAUAUAGCGAGAAUCACCAAUCUGGACUGAUUCAGCAUCCUCCCCUUCUUGGUUCCUUCGAGGCUUGGCUGUUGUCGAAGAAGCAGCUGCUACAGGAGUUGUCAUUGUCACUUGAGCUCUGG